GAAGCGACUGCAUCCUCACACUGUUAUAAAGAUGGCGUUUAUUAAAGAGGAGAAUGAAGACAUCAGGAUUGUAGAAGUGUUCACAGUGAAACAAGAAGAUCUUGAAGAACAAACAGGACUGAUGACACUGAAAGAUGAAACUGAAGAUCUGGAUGAAAAUGAAGAGAAGGACCAAUAUGAAAAGCACGAUGAUUUAAAGACGGAAGAACAAUCCACGUUGACUAAGAAGACUUCAUCACAGAAAACCAAACCUAACUCUUUUUUCUCUAGCCAUCAUUGUGGAAAAGGUUUGAACAGUCAAACAUAUCCUGAAGACCGCAUAAGAGUUCGCCGUGGAAAGAAACUUUAUAUGUGCCAACAGUGUGGGAAAAGUUUCAGUCACAGACGACAUCUUGAAGUUCACAUGAGAGUUCACACCGGAGAGAGACCUUUCAUCUGCCAGCAGUGUGGAAAGUGUUUCACCCAAAAACAAAAUCUCAGUAUUCACCAGAGAGUUCACACCGGAGAGAAGCCUUACACCUGCAAGCAGUGCGGAAACAGUUUCACACAAAAGCAUUCGUUUGAAGUACACGCAAGAAUUCACAACGGAGAGAAGCCAUAUCCCUGCCCGCAGUGUGAUAGGAGAUUCAAUGUAAAACAAAACCUUGAGGUUCACAUGAGAGUUCACACCAGAGAGAAACCGUUCACCUGUCAGCAGUGUGGAAAGACUUUUGCUCAUGUACAGUCAUUGAAUAGCCAUAAACGAGCUCACACUGGAGAGAAGCCGUACGCGUGCUUCCUGUGCGGAAAGAGUUUCACUCAAAAACAAAAUCUUGAUCUUCACAAGAGACUUCACAGUGGAGAGAAGCCUUACGCGUAACUCUUUUCAUUCAAAAAGGAAACAUGCAAAUUAGAGCUAUUCACCAAUCUGUUUGGAUCUGAAAACCCAAGAUUCUACGUGAUAGGUUUAGGUCCAAGAUUUUGACAUGCUUCAGAGACAGGUCAGGUUUGGUGUUUAUUGUGAACGACAUUGAUUUUUGGGAAUGGUUGGAUUGGAAAAUCAAUGCUGUCUAGUUUGUUUGGACUCAAUUUAUGCACAGCAGAUUUGGGUAUUUUGGGAGCUUAGUGUGGGUGAUAAUCGACUAAAGAGGACAAUGCAAUUCAGUGUUUUAAGACAAGGGUGUCCAAACUCCUGGAGGAGGCCAGUGUCCUGCAAAGUUUAGUUCCAACCCCAAUCAGACAAACCUGGGCUUGCUAAUCAAACUUUUACUAGGCUUUCUAGAAACAUGGUGUGUUAAGGCAAGUUGGAGCAAAAAUCUGCAGGACAUCGGCUCUCCAGGACUGAGUUUGGACAGCCCUGCUCUAAGCAUUUUGAUGGAUUAACAUUCAUAAGUUGUUCUGGCACUUUUAAUUUGUUUUCUUUUAGAGACGACCCUUAAACUUUAAUGAAGUAAAGUAAGCAUUGUGAAGUACCAUUUCUCGAAAUUGGUCCUGAGUAUCAAGGAUAGGAGAGUUUGGGUCAUUCACUCAUCUUUCCUAAUCUUCAUCCUUAUGCUGCGUUCACACCAGACGCGGAAUGUGCGUCAAGCGCGAGUGAUUUACAAGUCAAUGCAAACGUGCGAAUAGACAUACUGAGAUAUUUCAGCAGUACUUCAAAUUGAGCAUGUCCCAGUUUGAUGACCUGUUGUCUUGUGUCAGCAGGAGGAUUUCCCCUCGGGACACCAACUACAGGCACUAUGGCAUAAUCAGGCCAUACUAGAGCAAGCUUCUGAUUGGUUAAAGCGAGCAAUUCAAGCAUUAACUGCGUCAAACUCCCAAAAUGCUCAAGUCGUAUCAUGUCAUUUGCUCGAUUUGCGUCAUUCGUGCCGCAGGAUGUCUAUUCGCGUAUUUGCAUUGACUUAACAUGUACAUCACUCUUGCUUGAUGCUUCAUCCACAUCAGGUGUGCACACACCAUAAUGGUGUUCAGUUGGGUUGAGGUUAGGACUCUGGGCAGGCCACUGCAGUUCCUCCACACUAAAGACCUCAUUGCUGUUUUUUGGAGCUUUCUUUGUGCAUUGGUAGACAUUCAUAUUGUAACAGGAAGGUUCCAUCCCAAAAUCCGUUCGCACAAAGUUGGGAACGUGAAAUUGUCCAAAAUGUUUCGGUAUGCUUAAGUAUUAAGAGUAAAGCCUGGUUUAUACUUCUGCGUCAAGUGACCGGCGUAACUCACGGCGGAGGCAACGCGCUUGGC